UUUAUUGUAAUGACGGGAUUUUAUUAUAAUAAAAACAAAAACUGACUUGUAUGUGUCUGAAUUGAACAGAUCCACUUAAAUUCUAAUAUUUAAUUCUACACACAAGUUUUUCAAUAAAAAACAGCGAAAUGUUGAAUGAAUUUGAAUCAACAGUAAUUAUUUUACACAACAAAAAAAUAUUUGUUUUGCAAAAAUGUCCAUUGAAUUACAUUAACUUGAGUGUGAAUACAGAAUAGAUCAUACAAAAAUAUAUUCAUUGCUACAAAAAAUACAGAAACUGUACGAUGAUAUUUAAAUGCGAGGCGUAAAGUCAACUCAGUUUUCAUAUGAGUAAAGUAUAGUAAAGUCCAAGAUGGCGAAUAGGAAUGUGACAGCAGACUUGCGAGUUGAAACAAAACAUCUUAAACAUUCAACAAAAAUACUUGAAAGAAUAUUAAUAUUUAGUGGGAAACGAAAAUCUGGAAAAGAUUUUGUUACUGAUGAAUUAUUUAAAAGAUUAGGUAAUGAAAAAAGUGUUAUAAUAAAAUUAUCUGGUCCAAUUAAAACACACUGGGCGAAAACUAGAAAUCUUGAUGCCGCCGAAUUAUUUGGAGAUGGAGAAUACAAAGAAUUUUACAGAUUAGAGAUGAUAAAAUGGGGCGAAGAUAUAAGAAACAAAGAUUAUGGAUAUUUUUGCAGAGCAGCUAUUGAAAUGUACAAUGCUAAAAGUAAACCUAUUUGGAUUAUAAGCGAUGCUAGAAGAAAAACAGAUUUGAAAUGGUUUAAAGAAAAUUAUGGAGAUUUAUGUAAAACUGUAAGGAUAUCAAGUAACGAAAGUGUCAAAAAAAGACGCGGCUGGAUUUAUACCAAAGGGGUUGAUGACUCAGAAACCGAGUGUGAUUUAGAUGACGUGAGUGAUUGGGACUUGGAAGUUCAAAAUAAUGGUGAAAGCAUAGAAUCUAUUCUUGAAGAUAUACUUAGUCUUUUAAAAUGACAUCGUACCAAUUCAAUUAACAUAUCAAUCUGUUAUAUUUUCUACAA